AACAGCGCGAGCUCGCGCAGGAUAAAGAUACUCGCUCCUCUCCCGUCCAGACGUCACAUCAGUAGCCAAGUCGGCUAGUUAGCAGUUUAUCUUUUGGACAAAAUGUCAACCACGACCGGCGGCGGAGAGUUUGGCAACCCUUUACGAAAGUUCAAGCUCGUCUUUCUGGGCGAACAGAGCGUUGGGAAGACCUCACUCAUCACCAGGUUUAUGUAUGACAGUUUUGACAACACCUAUCAGGCAACAAUUGGCAUUGACUUUUUGUCAAAAACCAUGUACCUAGAAGAUCGUACGAUUCGGCUGCAGCUCUGGGAUACAGCCGGACAGGAACGUUUCCGCAGCCUCAUCCCCAGUUACAUCCGCGACUCAGCCGCUGCUGUGGUGGUUUAUGACAUAGCCAAUCUUAAUUCAUUCAAAACCUCAAAGUGGAUUGAUGAUGUUAGAACAGAGAGAGGAAGUGAUGAUAUCAUGCUUGUUGGGAACAAAACAGACUUAGCGGACAAAAGGCAAGUUUCUGUUGAGGGAGCGGCAGAGAGGAAAGCUCGAGAACUCAAUGUGAUGUACAUAGAGACCAGUGCCAAGGCUGGCUAUAACGUCAAAACAGGUUGCUGUUCCGUCGUCGUCGCCGCUGCAUUGCCUGGGAUGGAUAGCACACCGGAGAAAAGCAAAGAGGACAUGAUCGACAUCAAACUGGAGAAACAGCCAGAGAUGACUGUCACCGAGAGCAGUCUGCUCCUGCUAGUACACCUCACCCUCUCCCAGCCCGUCUCCUCCACCAACAGCUUGUCUCUCAGUGGCCACUCUCUCCACCCGUGGCACACUACCACUGGGAUGGAGGACCUGUCUUUUUCUUCCUUUUUUUUCCCUUUUUCAACUCAGUGACUUUUCAGAGUAACCGUGUGGAUGUGCAUUACCGUAUUGAAACAGAUUAUCUGGGGGGGAAAUGGUUCAAAAGUAAACGUUUAAAACAAGGUAUAAGUUAAAUAUGAUCAGAUUUUCAUCAGUUGCAUGGCAUUAAAUAGUAUUGCAGACUGACAUAGCUAACCGCUCAUGAGUUAUUGCCACAGUUCGGAUUUCUUAGUGCUGUUACUCUUGUCAUUGUUGUAAAGUUAAAACUGCUUGGGAUUAUUUAAAUGACUAAAUUUACUUUUUGGUUUUUUUAAAUUUUGAAUGGAGUUGGCCCUACAACUGUUUCUAUCUCUCAGAUGACUGAUUAUUUCUUGACUUUGGUCUUAUUUUGAGCAAGUAGAGACAGGAUCUUAUCAGUGAAUUUACAUCAUUGCUAACCAUCAUUUUACCACAUUAGCUCAAAUGAAAGAGGGUCAUUCAUUGGGUAAUAUUAUACCGAACACAUCUUAAACUGCCAAAUACAACCGCCUCUUUGUGUUAGGAGACCAAAUAUACAUCAUUUGAGACUGAUUUAAAACAGGGCAAACGGGAUGUGUAACCAAACAAUGAGGUAACUGUCCCAAGUUCACUUUAAUGGCUACUGACCCGAAGCUGUGUCUGCAUUAAAACUAAAGCAACUGUCAUUCCAAGUUGUUAAAUUAGCUACACGCAUACUAACAUGUCUAAGGAGGCAUUUCCUUUUUAUUGAUGCCCCUAAAAAAAUGAAGGGGGGGGGGGGGAGAAGCCAGUGUUUUAGUUUUUCCACGCUGAUGGAAAGUGUCACUUUGGUCGCGGAUGAUGUACUCACCAUCUCAUUGAUAAUUUGUGUUGUGUUGAUUACCACUAUUGCAAGAACAUGCAGCAUGCUCACCAUGCAGGAUUUAUAUGGAUAAGAACACAGAUGCCUUGCUUGUUUGUUCACCAACGUUGUACACUGAAUCAAGCCACAAUAUUGUAAAAUAUAACAGAAGCCUGCUGACUGGUUCAUGGCUUCACUAGUUGUUUUAUAGAGCUUGGUAGAUAAGAGUGUGUCCUCCGAUACAGCUAACGCUUACUAAUUCCCUUGCUGUAAAAAAAAAAAAAAAGUGCAGAGAAGUUAGUCGCAGAUAUCUUUGCUGUAAUGCUAUCGCCUGUGUAGGACUGUUGGUUUUAUGUGUUUAUUUAUUUUGUUACUUGGACAUACAGAUAACACAUGUAUGCUUGACCAAAAGUACAGAAUUUUACACGCAUGUUGAAAAUGUUUUUUAUUUUAUUUAUUGUUUAUCAUGUCUGCCGAGACUCCACCUAAAGGCGACACAUGGGCCCGAUAAUGUUUUUUCCCGUCACACACUUUGUGUGUGUGUGUGUGUGUGUGUGUGUGUGUGUGGGUGGGUGUGUGGAUAGUAGCUUGGUUUACAGUCAAAGGUAAAGGCUGCACUGUCUCCAGACACACACACACACACAAUUGAACACAAACCAACUAAUUAGCCAUAGUACAACAAAAGACACUGGUCAUUUGCUGAAGCUUGUUUUGAAAUUUCAAUGUUUUAAAAUGGAUAAAAAAACUUUAUGUAAUUGAUUAUAUCAAACAGCCAUUUUAACAUGAGCAGCUCUUCUAUUACUUGUCACUAACUAAAUACUCAGCUUUGUGCUAUUCUGAAUCGUGUGUGUCCAUUUGAAAUAUGCUGUCUACUCGUGUUUAGCAACGUUUGUGUGAAUAAUGUACUAUUACUAUGUGAUGUAUAACAAGGAGAGUUAAUGAAACACAAGUGUAGGCCUAUCACAUGGAAUAAAAUAAAGAUAUUUCACCAAA